GCGGCACGCACGGAGGCUCUGGCCAAUCGGUGAGCAGCCCGCGGGACCCCGGCCGGGAAGCUCGGGCGGCGCUGGAGCGCGAGCGCGGGAGUUAGCGGUGCAGCCAUGGUGGGACACCUGAGCGAGGGGGCCAUUGCGGCCAUAAUGCAACAGGGAGAUACAUCCAUAAAGCCCAUCCUUCAAGUCAUUAACAUUCGUCCCAUUACUACAGGGAAUAGUCCACCCCGGUAUCGACUGCUUAUGAGUGAUGGAUUGAACACGCUGUCCUCUUUCAUGUUGGCCACACAGCUGAACCCUCUUGUCGAGGGACAGAAACUGGCCAGCAACUGUGUCUGCCAGGUCAACCGAUUCAUCGUGAACACCCUGAAAGAUGGAAGGAGAGUAGUUAUUUUGAUGAAUGUGGAAGUUGUAAAAUCAGCUGAAGAAGUUGGAAUAAAGAUUGGGAAUCCGGUGCCCUAUAAUGAAGGACACGGGCAGCAACAAGUAGCCCCUUCACCAGCCUCAGCAGCCACACCACCAGCCAGCAAGCCCCAGCCGCAGAAUGGGAGCUUGGGAAUGGGUUCCACUGCAGCUAAGGCUUAUGGUGCCUCAAAGCCAUUUGGAAAACCUGCUGGAACUGGCCUGCUACAGCCUUCAGGAGGGACACAGUCCAAAGUGGUGCCCAUCGCCAGCCUCACCCCUUAUCAAUCCAAGUGGACUAUUUGUGCCCGUGUCACCAACAAAAGUCAGAUCCGUACCUGGAGCAAUUCCCGAGGAGAAGGGAAGCUUUUCUCUAUAGAACUCGUAGAUGAAAGUGGUGAAAUCAGAGCGACUGCUUUCAAUGAGCAGGUGGACAAGUUCUUUCCCCUCAUCGAAGUGAACAAGGUGUAUUAUUUCUCGAAAGGCACCCUGAAGAUCGCUAACAAGCAGUUCUCGGCUGUUAAAAACGACUAUGAGAUGACCUUCAAUAACGAGACUUCUGUCCUUCCCUGUGAAGAUGGCCAUCACUUACCCACCGUUCAGUUUGAUUUCACAGGGAUCGGUGACCUAGAGAGCAAGUCUAAAGACUCACUUGUAGACAUACUCGGGAUCUGCAAGAGCUAUGAAGAGUCCACUAAAAUCACAGUGAAGUCUACCAACAGAGAAGUUGCUAAGAGAAACAUCUAUCUGAUGGACAUGUCAGGGAAAGUGGUGACUGCAACUCUCUGGGGAGAAGACGCCGACAAGUUUGACGGGUCCAGGCAGCCUGUGAUGGCUAUUAAAGGAGCCCGGCUCUCUGACUUUGGUGGGCGGAGCCUCUCUGUCCUGUCGUCUAGCACUGUCAUUGUGAAUCCUGACAUCCCAGAGGCCUAUAAGCUUCGUGGAUGGUUCGACUCAGAAGGACAAGCCUUAGACGGUGUUUCCAUCUCUGACCUCAAGAGUGGAGGCGCCGGAGGGAGCAAUACCAACUGGAAGACCUUGUAUGAGGCUAAAUCGGAGAACCUGGGCCAGGGUGAUAAGGCGGACUACUUCAGCACCGUGGCGACGGUGGUGUUUCUUCGAAAAGAGAACUGUAUGUACCAGGCCUGCCCAACCCAGGACUGCAAUAAGAAGGUGAUUGACCAGCAGAAUGGGUUGUACCGCUGUGAGAAGUGUGACCGGGAGUUCCCCAACUUCAAAUACCGCAUGAUCUUGUCGGUGAACAUUGCAGAUUUUCAAGAGAAUCAGUGGGUGACGUGUUUCCAGGAGUCUGCGGAGGCUAUCCUUGGACAGAACACUGCCUACCUGGGGGAGCUGAAAGAGAAGAACGAGCAGGCGUUUGAAGAGGUUUUCCAGAAUGCCAACUUCCGAUCAUUUACGUUCAGAAUCAGGGUCAAGCUGGAGACCUACAAUGAUGAAUCUCGAAUUAAGGCCACUGUGAUGGACGUGAAGCCCAUCGACUACAGAGAUUAUGCCAAAAGGCUGAUCAUGAACAUCAAGAGGAACAUGUGAUGUGAGCACGUACUGAUGGCCAGAGCUGGAGAGUAAAGAACUGAAGUAGAAUGGCUUUCUUCCCACCCGUGUGACAACCCUGUGACAGCCUCACAGUGCAGAGCCCCUAGGGGACACUGGCAGCCUGUCCAGGCCCCUCUUGGGACUCAUGGGUCGCCAAAAGACAGUGUGCUCAGAGGGCUGUGUAUAAACCGUCAGCCGGCACUCAGCGGGCCUAGAGGUAGCAUAGCACCAGCCCCUCCCCCAUCUUCAGGCUUUUGUCGGAUUUACUAAGAUUUUGUUAUCUUCAAACAGGAAUUAUGUCACAAGUAAUCGACCCUACUUCGUUUGGAUAAUGAGAUGAAUUAUGUAACUUGGGGUUUGCUUUUCCAGUGGUGGUACCUUAGUGUCUUAGGUUCCUCCUGGGGGGAGUGAGACUGGGGGAGAAUCCAGGUGUUUAGGGGGCGUGUCUCCCUGGAAUCAAAGGCUUAUUACUCUUUGCAGAGGUACCACAUGGUCAUUAAUGCUUGGAAUAGCAAAAGGGUAGAAUUAUUAAUAAAAAGCCUAUCGUUAAUAUCUGAAGACCAUCCUUCCUUCGGGGUUUAAUAGAUUUAAUAGACUGAGUCAGAUGGGUCUGAUAUUAAUCAAAAUUGUCUCUUCUGAGGACGGCUGAUAAGCAUUGACUUGCUGUCCCCUAGGGACAUCCAGGCAACUACAAAGCAUUGCUUGAGUUUUCACUUCAAUUAAUGUUGCAUUUGGUGGCUGGAUGCGCCAUCUUUACCUGUACAUUUUUUUUUUCUUGCAUUCAUAUAUUUCAUUUUUGAUUAAAGCUGUGGUAAAUAGGGAAAAUUUUAGAGAGAAUUCCUUUGUUUCCCUUGCUUUGUUUGAAUAAACGGUAUAUCUUUGCUUGUGAA